AUGAGUAUCAGCGGAACAGAGAGCUGUAGCAAGAACGUAGGGUGCAGGAUGGAUCAUCUUCUCACUGCUGUAGAAAAUGAGCUACAGGCUGGCAGUGACAAGGGAGACCCAACAGAGAGGGAGCUUAAAGUUACAUUAGAGGAAACCGAUUUAUGGUUAAGAUUCAAAGAACUCACAAAUGAAAUGAUAGUCACCAAGAAUGGCAGGAGAAUGUUUCCAGUUUUAAAAGUAAAUAUUACUGGCCUUGACCCAAAUGCCAUGUAUUCAUUUUUGAUGGACUUCGUAACUGCAGAUAAUAAUCGGUGGAAGUAUGUAAAUGGAGAAUGGGUACCAGGGGGCAAACCUGAACCACAGGUUCCUAGCUGUGUCUAUAUUCACCCAGACUCUCCUAAUUUUGGAGCACAUUGGAUGAAAGCCCCAGUUUCCUUCAGCAAGGUCAAGCUCACCAAUAAAAUGAAUGGGGAAGGACAGAUCAUGUUAAACUCCUUACAUAAAUAUGAACCCAGGAUUCAUAUAGUACGUGUUGGUGGACCACAGAAGAUGAUCACAAGUCAUUCAUUCCCAGAAACACAGUUUAUAGCUGUCACAGCUUAUCAGAAUGAAGAGAUCACCGCUCUCAAAAUUAAGCACAAUCCUUUUGCCAAAGCCUUCCUUGAUGCAAAAGAAAGGAGUGACCAUAAAGACUUUAUGGAUGAAGUGGAAAAUCAUCAGCAAACCGGAUUCUCACAAUGUAGCUGGCUGAUUCCUGGGUCCAGUUCACUGUGUUCUCCUGCUAAUCACCAUCCUUCAUUUGGGGCACCUAUAUCACUUCCUCCUUCUCAUGGCUAUGAAAAAUUUACGACAUUAAAAAAUCACAGAGCUUCACCUUAUCCAAGCCCGUAUGCCCACAGAAACCAUUCUCCACGUAAGUAA